CGGAGCUAUUGAGCCAGCGAGGAGUGAAGCUGACUGAGUCUGCCUCAUACACUCCUAGAGGAACGCCUCCAGAAUAGAGUUCUUUUCGCCCCUUCCUCCUUCUCCCAGCUCCUCUGCUGGCCUUUCUAUUCGCCCAAUACAAUGCAUUCUCGAGUGGCAGCCCCAGAGAACUGAAGCAAACCAAAGAGAGAGGACUGGAGCCAAGACACUUCUGGUGGGGAAGCUUGGAUGCCUGGCUUUCUUUGAGGUCAUCUUUGGAACAAGGUGGCUUUGGGGUGGAGGGUCGUGCUGCAGGCAACCCAGCCAGGCCCCAAGAUGGACACUUCUGGGCACUUCCAUGACUCGGGGGUGGGGGACCUGGAUGAAGACCCCAAGUGUCCCUGUCCAUCCUCUGGGGAUGAGCAACAGCAGCAGCAGCAACCGCCACCAUCGUCAGCGCCACCAGCAGUCCCCCAGCAGCCUCCAGGACCCUUGCUGCAGCCUCAGCCUCCGCAGCAGCAGCAGCAGCAGCAACAGCAGCCGCAGCAGCAGCAGCAGCAGCAGGCUCCACUGCAUCCCCUGCCUCAGCUUGCCCAACUCCAGAGCCAGCUUGUCCAUCCUGGUCUGUUACACUCCUCUCCCACGGCUUUCAGGGCUCCCACUUCGGCCAACUCCACCGCCAUCCUCCACCCUUCCUCCAGGCAAGGCAGCCAGCUAAAUCUCAAUGACCACUUGCUUGGCCACUCUCCAAGUUCCACAGCCACAAGUGGGCCUGGUGGAGGCAGCCGGCACCGGCAGGCCAGCCCCCUGGUGCACCGGCGGGACAGCAACCCCUUCACGGAGAUAGCUAUGAGCUCCUGCAAAUACAGCGGUGGGGUCAUGAAGCCCCUCAGUCGCCUCAGCGCCUCUCGGAGAAACCUUAUCGAGGCCGAGCCUGAGGGCCAGCCCCUCCAGCUCUUCAGUCCCAGCAACCCCCCAGAGAUUGUCAUCUCCUCCAGGGAGGAUAACCAUGCCCACCAGACUCUGCUCCAUCACCCCAACGCUACCCACAACCACCAGCAUGCCGGCACCACUGCCAGCAGCACCACCUUCCCCAAAGCCAACAAGCGGAAAAACCAAAACAUUGGCUAUAAGCUGGGACACAGGAGGGCCCUGUUUGAAAAGAGAAAGCGACUGAGUGACUAUGCUCUGAUUUUUGGGAUGUUUGGAAUUGUUGUUAUGGUGAUAGAGACCGAACUGUCUUGGGGUUUGUACUCAAAGGAUUCCAUGUUUUCGCUGGCCCUGAAAUGCCUUAUCAGUUUAUCCACCAUCAUCCUGCUUGGUUUGAUCAUCGCCUAUCACACAAGGGAAGUCCAGCUCUUUGUGAUCGACAAUGGUGCCGAUGAUUGGCGGAUAGCCAUGACCUACGAGCGCAUCCUUUACAUCAGCCUGGAGAUGCUGGUGUGUGCCAUCCACCCCAUUCCCGGAGAGUACAAGUUCUUCUGGACCGCACGCCUGGCCUUCUCCUACACCCCGUCUCGGGCAGAGGCUGAUGUGGACAUCAUCCUGUCCAUCCCCAUGUUCUUGCGUCUGUACCUGAUCGCCCGAGUCAUGCUGUUGCACAGCAAGCUCUUCACUGACGCCUCAUCCCGGAGCAUUGGGGCCCUCAACAAGAUCAACUUCAACACCAGAUUCGUCAUGAAGACGCUCAUGACCAUCUGCCCCGGCACGGUGCUGCUGGUGUUCAGCAUCUCUCUGUGGAUCAUCGCCGCCUGGACUGUGCGAGUCUGCGAAAGGUACCAUGACCAGCAGGAUGUAACUAGUAACUUUCUGGGUGCCAUGUGGCUCAUCUCCAUCACGUUCCUUUCCAUUGGCUAUGGGGACAUGGUGCCCCACACAUACUGUGGGAAAGGUGUCUGUCUUCUCACUGGCAUCAUGGGCGCAGGUUGCACUGCCCUUGUGGUUGCUGUGGUUGCCCGGAAGCUCGAACUCACCAAAGCAGAGAAGCACGUUCACAACUUCAUGAUGGACACUCAGCUCACCAAACGGAUCAAGAAUGCGGCCGCCAAUGUCCUCCGGGAAACAUGGUUAAUCUACAAACACACAAAGCUGCUAAAGAAGAUUGACCACGCCAAAGUCAGGAAACACCAGAGGAAGUUCCUCCAAGCUAUCCACCAACUGAGGGGUGUCAAGAUGGAGCAAAGGAAGCUGAGUGACCAAGCCAACACCCUGGUGGACCUUUCUAAGAUGCAGAACGUCAUGUAUGACUUAAUCACGGAGCUCAAUGAUCGGAGUGAAGACCUGGAGAAGCAGAUCGGCAGCCUGGAAUCGAAGCUGGAGCACCUCACAGCCAGCUUCAAUUCCCUGCCCCUGCUCAUCGCAGACACCCUGCGUCAGCAGCAGCAGCAACUGCUCACUGCCUUCGUGGAGGCCCGAGGCAUCAGUGUGGCAGUGGGAACUAGCCACACACUUCCCUCUGACAGCCCGAUCGGGAUCAGCUCCACCUCCUUCCCAACCCCAUACACCAGUUCAAGCAGUUGCUAAAUAAAACUCCCCGCUCCAGAAGCAUUACCCAUAGGUCUUAAGAUGCAAAUCAACUCUCUCCUGGUCGCUUUGGUGUCGAGGAAGUUUCAGACCAGGGCACGGAGCGAAGAGAGAUGGAGCUGAUGAGCAAACUCACGGACUCUCAGCGUGCUUUGUUCGACAUGCCUUGAAACCAGAAAUCUAAUCUCUGUUUAGGUGCCUCUACUUGGGAGCUGGAAGAGGAGGUGACUGGAAGCAACGCCUCUGUCGGGGCCCUUGCUGCAGAGCCUGCGGAGGACAGAAAUCCUUGCUCAAUCUCAGGUUUUCACAGGGAGGUGGGGAGGGACAGCCACUCUGGAGCAGCUGAGUGAGGUGCAUCGGGCAAGGAUGGUAUCAGGUUUGGGGAUGCACUCCUAGCUGCCUCGGGACCUCAGCCACCUCUCUCCCGUUCUUUUGUCCAAGGAAGCGCCUGGGUGGUAAAAGUAAGAAGAGAGAUGCCCAGAACUUUCCAAAAUGGACAUACCCAAAUUAGAUGGGAGCAGGGGGUGACGUAGACAAAUAAAAAGCCAGAUUUUCCAUCCAAUAAUAAUAUCGAACACAUACACACACAGCUGUCCGAUCCAGGUCCUUUUUUUGCUUGUGCUGAGCCUGAUUGAAAGAGACCUGGUGCCUUGCUGUGCACACAGAGAGUGAGCUCUAAAUCUGCAUUGAGACGAGUGUGAGGUGUGUUUGGUUGAGGAAGUUAGCAGGUACUGGCCACACUCUGCAUCAUUGAAGAUGCAGGUCCCUCCUUCAAGAUGCCCUGGGCACACACCCCACCUGGCCCAGCCGUGUCAACCCCAAACUGUUGGCAUUCUGGAGGUAUAAGCAGAGGUCUAAAAGCGACAGCUUUUGAAGAGUUUUCUUCCAGCCAAAUAAGCUGUUUGCUGAUGAACCCUGCAUCCUGGGAUGUCAGUAUGUGGAAGAUGAGGGGGCACGUGUGCCCAAAACCACCGUAGCGAGCAGAGCUGUUGUCUGGGCUUUGCAGGGGCAUCUUCAUCCAGCAGCAGCUCCAGGCCCAGGGGCUUGACAAUGUCAGGGCCUCCCUGCUGAGUGGGGAGGAGAAGGGUGGGGAGGGGCUCCUGCGGUCCCUUCUACCUUAGCUGAGGUCACCUCAAAAAGAAACACUGUGAGAACACAGGGAGCCCCAGGACACGUGUGUGUGGACACUUUCUAGAAGCCUAUUCCUAUUGUGCCAUGUUCAUCUUGAGACAAAAUCUGCUCCACUGAAUCUCAAACUCCAAGAGACUCCAGAAGCAUCUAGAUCCAGGAUAGGGACAGGCACUUGGGUUUUUUGUUUUUGUUUUGUUUUGUUUUCAUUGCUCCAUGAUCUGACCAUACUCAGCAGGUGUGGUGUGAAAACUGUCAUGUCAUUUAUCACUUUUCCCAUUCAGAGGUCUUUGAUUUCUGCUGGUAAGAAAUUAUAUGUGGAAUAGUUCAUCUGUCUUUGGUAGAGCGAAAGGGUGUUAUCUGUGUUUGGUUGCUAUCUUGAGAGUAGUCCUGUGACCGGCUGUCAUGGCCACCCUAGGCACUGCCUUACUGCGUGAAUUUUCCUUGUGCAAUGCUGGGCCUGGUCCUCUCAGCACAGGGAAUUACUAGAUAGUGAGGUAGGCAACUGUGGCGUGGGGUCACUCUUUGGUCUUUGGCUAAGUCUCUUGUUUGUUGUUCCAUCUUGCUAUUGCUGUCUUGUGUUUAGUUUUGCAACGCUGGAGACCAGACCUGCGGCCUCAUGCAUGCUAAACAAUGCUAGCCCACUCACCCACACCCAGCCUGCUGCUGUUUUAUUAAUGGCCUAUCUUCUUAAUGGCCUAUCUUGAUCAGUCCCUUGAGCAUUUUCAUUAGCUGUUUUGCACACACCAGAGAGGCCACAUUUGUCGUUAGUGUUCAAUUCUUUUUACUUGUUCUUUUAAUUAUUAAUUAUCUGAAAGAUUAUUUUUAUCCCAAACAUGGUUCCUGUUUUCAGUCUAACCAAACCUACAGGCACAUAUACAAACAGAUGAAAUAGCCUUGUGACUUCUUUGUACCCUUGAUUGCAAAACGAAGGCUACUGAUGGGCCCACUCCCUGGUCAUUUGGACUAUAGCCCUCAGCUGUGUUUGCCUGCUCUCUCCUUGCAUCCUGCUGUGAUCCUGGGCUGUGUGAUGGUAAACAUGGCCCAGCCAGGGAUUUAGUCUCCAUUUCACACAAAUGACAUGCAGCAUCCCAUAGCUUCUCCUGCCAGUAUCCAUCCUGGUCUGGACAUAGUUCAAAAUCUGUCUUCUUUGUUGAUUUUCUUGCUAAGAAAACCCUGGAGACUAAGUUAGCAUUGCUAGUCAAGAGAAUGACUAGAGUUGUUUCCAAGAGGGUACCACUAGCAUCGGAGAGAUGUGGGCAUUUGUAGGGUGGCCUGAUCCAUUGGUAGUGUCAUAAUUGUGUGUGGUUUUGUGUCUAGCGAAAGAAUAUACCUCGUAAAGUGACAGGAUCUGCAGGUUGGUUCUGCAAUGGCAAAUGAACUGCUGCUUCUCUGUCCUAGCAUUUCAGCUUGAUGUGGGAAGUAAUGCUUCUCUUGCAAAUACAAUCGCCCCUCGAUGACCUAGGUAUUAGGAAUCUUGGUUAUAGCUCACCCAGAUGUAUUCCUACAUCUUUUGGCCAAUCUCACAUCUCCUGAGCGUCUCAGGUGGUGAGGAAGAAGGCUAAUGGAUCCUAUGGCUGUGUGGUAGUGAGACAGGUUUGAUUCUCAAGAGUGGGCUGCGUAUUAAAACCAUGAAUUACUAUAAUGUCACUCUAUCCCUGAACUCGUCAAAUUCCACCCACUCCUAGAAGGCUGACCCCUGGCAGAGGCCCUCCUACCAUCUUUCCAGGAAUGCAGUAGCAGGCAGAAGCACUACAAUAGCUCCCCAAAUAUCUGACACUUGAACUAAAAAUAUAGAGCCACCCUCUCAUUGCUUAAGCCAUAUUAUAUAGCUUCAUGUACUGUGAAGUCAGGAAUGUACUGUGAUAUCCAAGGCCACUGAGCUCAGUGGGAUUUCAGGACAUAGAUAGCAUCAGUUGGUAAUUUACACCCGAGUAGAAGCCCAUUCCUCCUUAGAUUGAAGUACAAAUAAAAACCCGCACCUUUGGCUCAAAGGCGACGUAUGUGAUCAUCAUCAAUAAAUUAUCAUGAAGUAUCUGCGAGCCAUUCUUGCCACCUUCAUAAUAUAUAUCUCCAUGACAUCAUGUCUCUAGCUUUGAUCCAAAAGAAUGAGAGGGGUGUAGCCAUGAGUCAUCAGUGACUGUGACCCCAGCCGGGUCCAUUCCUGUAUGUAACAACAACCUUACAAAUUAGAAGAUGUAGAAAUUGCACAUGAAAUAGGUCUCAAGUGCUGAGAAGGUUAUUAAAGGCCAAGAAAAGACAUUGAAAAAAAUGACUUUAAUAUAUUUAGAGAUUUCCCUCUUCACUUUGCAGCAAUUUCCUUGAAAAGAAGUCAUGGAAAGAGAAAAAACUAGUGAUACAAAAUUAGAAUAGAUAAAAGUCUGAGACUGGAUUGCAUAUCUGGCCGACAUAUCUUGAUUUGUGUGUAUUUAAAGGUGAAGAUGAGUUAAUAUUAAGUUCAAAGUAUUUAGUAGAGGACAAAAUGGAACCAUUAUCGUCCGUACAGCGCCUUGACUGACUAACCUACACUUAGAUGUUACAUUUGAAUGUAGUGAUAGUUAUCAAAAAGUCAUCAGAUAGAGAAUAAAAUCUCUAUCUGAGGGAAAUAGGAGAGAUAUCUGGGAGAAAUAUGGGAUUUGUGCAUAGCUCCGGAAGCCCCCUCCUCCGGAGUGUGACAAACAGUGUACACAAAACUAAGAGUCAGUGUUUCAUCUCAAAACAGACAACGUCGUUACUGCUAGAGAAGCCUGGCUGAGACACUGUGACACCAUUGUGCUACCAGCAGGUUACUGCUUCCUAAGCUACUGCUUUUAAGUGUUCAAACAGGUCCCAUUUCAUACAGCCACUCCCCCAAAGGUUCUAGAAGCAGAUUAAGGAUCCCUUAGUGGUCAGUUUGCUGUCCCUGUUGACUUCUUGGUCUUUGGUUUCUGCCCCUUUGACAGCUAUCUGGAGGCUUCCUGGCGGGCAUAAACAGUCCCCUCUUUACCCUGUGGUCAGUUGACUGGAUCACACCUUGGAUAACAUCCCUUCCUUCUCCACUACUGCCAAAGCAAACAUUUGAGGAAUGGGAUUAUAGCUAGCCCUAAGACGGGGGGAUGGAGGGGUAGCAGUAGUGUCUGCCUGUGGUCGUAGGAAGUUUGUACCAGGCUGCAUGAAAAGUCAUAGACAGUUAACUCCUGCCAGACAAGGAAUAUGUAGAUUUUUGUUGAAUAGUCUCAUAAACAAGUGCCCUGCGCAGCGGUCAGUCGGCAACCACAGAGGGGAAUGUAACUGUGAUUCUUUUGUCUCGCACCAUACUGGAAAUACUCAAACAUGAACUGGAGUUCCCUCUGAACAACAUUGUCAACUCUUCAACAGACCACCUCCAAACCAGGUGCCAUGCGCCCUGCAACAGCUGUUUACACACCGAGAAACGCAUUCUGGAAGCUGUAACCCCGGGCCUGGACUGACAAGGGACCUUGUGACCAAUCAAGCUGGUAGAGGAAAAGCACAAAAUUCAAUACCAACCUCCAGUUAAGAUCCCAAAGAGAUGCUGACAUUUCUGGCAAAUAAUAAAUAAAUAAGUAAAUGAAAAUAGGAACAGUGGUAAAUAAAAAAACAAUCUGAUGGAGCAGUCGGCAUCCAGCUUCCCAGAGGGAGGACGGGGUAAAUGGCAUUCUCCAGCUGUGUCAGUUUUCGGAUCCCGACCAGAGCUGAUGCACCUUCAUCAUACAUGGUGUUUAAUGGCACAAUGAUGCGAUGGAUUUAGUCCCAGACUCUCCAUUCUGUGCUGGCCACAAGAGGACAACAAACACGAGUGACAGGAUGUUGAUGGAGGAACCAUUUCCAUAGCAAACACAGAAACGGAAGUGUUUAUAUUCCAAACCAGUCAGGCUUCGGUAUGAAUUUGCAUCUUGCCUCUGUACUGCUUGCUAUUUUUUAAUGAUAGGAGAAAGCAUAACAGUUUAUUUUAAAUAUGAAAUAUAUUGCUAUAUUAUAAAAUAUAUUGUAACUUUCGAUUAACAUUUUGUAUCAAGCUAGUCUUUAGCAGGUUGAGUGACAGCCUGCUUUCCUAACGACUGCUUCUGAGUACACGUCACUGUUAGUGGUUGCCUGACCCCAAGACCCAGGGUGCUGGACGGCCAUACUCUCAUUCUCCAAGACUGAGUGAGUAGUGGAGACAAAAAUAGCAGCCAGGCAUGAGUUUAGAAGAAUAAUUCUACCCUAAAUUCUAUCAAGCCAUUUCAGAAGUGAUUUUUAAAGCCAUCUCUCCUUUAGUAGCUGUCAGCCAGUUUAGUAAAGUGUAGACGCUUUCUAUGUAAAUGCAAAGGACCCACUCUGUAAAUCAUUGCCUCAGGCACAGACGACCAGCUUUCCUCUGGCAGAAUCAGAAUCGGGCAUCAAAAAGAGUCUCGUUUACUUUGCCUCAAAAUACUCAAAAUUCUAAGCAUUGAGUUUCUUGUAUAAGGGGACAACCAGGAUUAGAUUUCUCUGCAGGCAGGGGCCAGUGGGAACUGCAGAUGCUCUUUUCUGAGUUGGCAAUCUCUCUGGAGGAUCAAGGCUUCUAAAGUUUAUCAUUGGUACCCAAAGAGGAGACAGGAUGGCAACAAUGAGUGAGACCCAGCAGAUGACCCAGCAGAGAGCUGGUUUCCGCAUCUGCUAUUUACUCUCCAUUAGGAAGUGGUUCUGAUCAUCACAUUUCCCCUUAUGGCAAAGUUCAGCAGUCAUGAAACCCAUUCCCUCCUUCUUGCUAUAGCGCCUAAGACACAUGUAGAGUUUCAGAGUUUCUUCCUUUGGAUUGCCAGGGUCCUAUCCUGUACCAAAGCAGACGGGGGAAGUCUUCCGUAAGUUGAAACAUCUCUCUGUGAGGACCUUGCUUCCUGGCAUGACUUCCACAGAACACUGGACAGGUGCAGACCUUGUAGCAUCACGGGAGAGUUACCUGCCUGCCUCCUCCCUUCACAAACUCUGAAAAUGCACACUGAUCCAUGCAAAACCACAGGUGCUGUCCUGGACAAGUGUCUAGAAGUCUCCAAGUCUCACUGAGUUUCAACCUAGGUGAGGCCUGGGCCUCCGUGGCACCCAUUAGUUAUGCCCGAUGAUAGUCAGGUAUCUAAAUGGCCGGCUUCAGUCCGCUGGGGUAGCUAGGGCUAUCUGUACAUGCGAAUUGCAUUUGUUUCUCUCAGCAUCUGUUACUCCUCAGUUAUAUGCUAGGCUGAGUCCUAUUAAAGCCAUCAGAACUCCAGGGCACCUGUUUCUAGCACAUUACUUACUCACUGGGUAAUGGAAAUGAGCUAACUCUCAAUUUGGUAAUUGACUGAGAGACAUUGAUUUGUUUCUUUAUACAUCUCCUGCUCAAAAACGGAGCUGUCUAUUCUGCUUUUCUGUGUAGCACUUUGUAGAGCGGCUACGAUGUUUACAUGUACAGAGGACACAUAUAUUCUUCUGACCUUUCCCAUUAAAGCUGUAACUCAUCCACAACCAAGGAAACAAACCCAAAUCCCAGAUUUAGAGGAAGCAGGAGGCUCUGGGCAAUAAUUCAUGUGUGUAGCCAUAUGCUAAUCCUUGCUACUCCAGGUGAGAGCCACAGACUGGCAGCAUUCACACCCCUUAAACCUGUUAGAAACAGAUCCCCAGGCCCCACACCAAGCCCACUCAGUCACGGGGGCAUUUUAACCAGAGCUGUUGUGAUCGUAUGCGAUCAACACUGAGAAGCGCUGGCCUCACCACAAUACCACGGUAACCAAUAGAACAAAAAGUAAGCUGUUUCUUCCUCGGGCCUCGGUUACCAAAUUGUUUGAUGAUGGACAGGUCUUACAUGAUUGUAAGGAUGAAGAUGCGUGCAUCUCAAAAUUCCAUUUGAUAUUGCACAGUUUAAACGACAUACAUGAACUACGCCGAUGUCAGUAGGAGGUGGCCUUUCUCUAGUCCGAUGUGAAAAACACUCAAGUCACAGCUUUGAGCCUCCUCAAAACCCACUUUUAGCCUAUGGUUGAGGACCAUCAGGGUAUAAGGUGGGGCCAUAGGCAAGUCCCCGGACAGAAGACCCCUAGGUCUCAGCACAGAGCAGAAAUUGGGCAUCUGCUCUCUUGUCCCUCCUUGAAGAAGCCAGCAUUACCAGUGAGGACCCACCUCUUGGGGACUAAAGAAGAACCCAGUUCAGCCAUUCAGACACAUUCCUAAUCUCCUGGACAGGCUAUUCUCCUGUUCAUCACAUCAAGCAAGGAAAGAUGUGAGCUCUGAUAUUUGGCACCCUAAUUUGAUAUGUACUCAGAAACAGUUAUGUUCUAAAUUAAUGGCUUUAACCUGUUCAUUGUAAAAAGUGCCUUGGACUUCAAUCUAAAAGAGGUCAGUAUAAAUAUGUAUGUGUGUGUGAUGUGUAUGUAGGCAAAUAUUUACAUAUUUAUACAUACAUAGGUGCACACACAUAUACCUGCACAUUCAUAUAUAAUAUAUACAUACAUAUAUAAAUGCUUCAUAAUAUAUUAUAUUGCUAUUCACAGCUUCAUAUUUUGUUUGGUCUUAUGUUUAUUUGUUUAGUGAGAUCUUUACAUAGAAAGGUUCUAUUCAGGACAUGGAUGUAUUUUUUGUUUGUUUUUUACUUUUUAUUAAAAAGGUAAAGGAUAUUAAAAGACAAAAAAAAAUCAAAGUGCCUGAAAGUUUUGAAUGGAGUUGUGGUAAACUUUAACAAGUCACCAAAGAAGAAAUUAGUUUAUAUUUGAGAAAUAUUUUUCUGCUUCAAUGACUUUGUUUUCCUUGAGGGAAAUAAGAAAGGGUGACGUAACUUUGUAACACCCAUUAGAAUCAACGUCUGUGGUCUCCCCAAGGCAACUCUAAGGUUUUUGCUCAGUUGGGUACCUACCUUUCACACAUCUGAGUCAGAAGGUCCACAUCCUCACACCCUCACGAGGUAGCAUGGUUCAGCUGGUGUUGCCAUUUGGGUGCCUUCCGAGAAGAGGCAGACUCCUACAGGGGGCGGGGCUCAGAUCCAUGGCAGGUCCUAUGCAGUGACACUGUGGGUGGAGGUUGGAGGGGAGGCCCUCCUCGUAGCCCAGGUGGCAGAAGGGCCCUCACCAGCCCUCUAAAGCUCCCUGGCCCCUCCUUUCCACAGAUGCCCAGCCUCCCAGCCCCAGCCAAAGACCCCUUUUGCAUGAUGGGAUCAAAAGCUCCAGAGGGAUUUUCUGGUCCCCGGGGCCCCGCUCGGAAACUGAAGGCUGCAUUAUGCUCUUCUUCAAACCAAUUAAAUCUGUCUAGCAGCCUGUGGCGACACUCAGGCAACAGCCAGGAGCUCCUCAGAGUCAGGUCCUGCUGUCACAUGGGUGAAGUGCCUUAAAAUUCCAUCUGUGGACACAAGCAGCCCUGUGUACAUCGUGUUAAUAGAAAGAGCCUGUGGUGCAUCCGGGAACCAAAAAGACAGCCGUGCCCAGCAGUUCCAGGCUGCAGGCACACACAGAGGACCGCCAGUAGAUGGAUCUGGGCAGCGGAGAUGCAUUGGAAGCAUAGCCCCUGAACUGAUGCCCUGAGUCUCAGUUUCCUUCCUUUGAAUUUUUCUAGAUAGAAACUUAGUAUCAUCAUGUGACUUAGGUGCUUUCAUGCAGAGGACUUAAUAUUUUGGAUUUUUUCUGGGUUUCUGACCAAAAAGUCUUUCAAAAACUCAUCUAGCUCUGUUUCUAUUGCGGCUCAUUCCUGAAAGGUCUCUUCUAAAAACUCCUUAUGAACAAAUGUAUUUUCUGACUGAUUACUCAACAGACAUCAUUUAUGCUUGCAGUCUGUAGCACUUCCAUCCAAGGGCCACAAAAGCUGUCCCCCUGGGAGAGGGGGUGUCAAAUAUUACACCCAUUAUCCCAGUGGGAAAAUGAGGCCACAGAGAAUUGGGCAGCAAUUGACCCAUUGAGGUGGGGAGUUAAAUGGACUGGGUAACCUCGGCACCCAGGGGGUGCCCGGGAUGAGAAGUUUGUUCUGCACAGCUAGUGACCAGUGAGCCCCAGGAUUCCGGUUAACCAGCCAAGGGCAUCAGACUUGGAGGAGGGGCUGGUUAGUAGUUUGGAGGAUCUGGGAAAGGCUGCACUUUCUUCACUGUGCAAAGGGCAUGGGAUUGUGAUGUCGAGGGGGCUCAGUCUGUGGCGUUCCUCACUCCUGAAUGGAAACAGAAGAAUACACUAUGUCACGUGCAGGCAUGAUAUGACAACAUUAAAUAAACAAGAGGGAAGCAACACACACAAACCCCUAAAAA